AUGUUCUCGCAUCCCGACCGCGAUAAAAAAGAUGGGCAUCGAGAUGAAGAGCCAAACGACGGAUCAGAGUUCAAAUCAAAGAGCAGGAGCCAACCAAGCGGUCUCAACCGUGUCAAAAAUCUAUCGAGAAAAUUGUCCGCAAAAUCAAGGAAAGAACGAAAAGACCGUGACGGCAACGAUUCAAUAAUGUCGUCGCCUGGAAACGAAAUGCAUGUAAAGGAGCAAAAUGGUCAAAUCAAGAUCGGUCAUUAUAUCUUGAAAGAAACACUCGGAGUUGGAACAUUUGGUAAAGUCAAAGUUGGCAUUCAUGAAGCUACGGGCUACAAAGUUGCCGUCAAGAUUCUCAACCGUCAAAAAAUCAAAUCUCUCGAUGUCGUGGGAAAAAUUCGCCGUGAGAUUCAGAAUCUCUCCCUUUUCAGACACCCACAUAUUAUUCGUUUGUAUCAAGUGAUCAGCACUCCAUCGGAUAUCUUCAUGAUAAUGGAGCACGUCUCUGGCGGUGAACUCUUCGACUACAUCGUCAAGCACGGCAGACUCAAAACCGCGGAAGCGCGCCGAUUCUUUCAACAGAUUAUAUCUGGCGUCGACUACUGCCAUCGUCAUAUGGUUGUUCAUCGCGAUCUCAAACCGGAAAAUCUACUCCUUGACGAACAAAAUAAUGUGAAGAUAGCCGAUUUUGGAUUAUCAAACAUUAUGACCGAUGGUGACUUCCUGCGCACAAGUUGCGGCUCGCCCAACUAUGCUGCUCCGGAGGUGAUUAGCGGAAAGUUGUAUGCCGGCCCUGAAGUUGACGUAUGGUCUUGCGGUGUCAUUCUAUAUGCUUUGCUUUGCGGAACUCUUCCAUUUGAUGAUGAACACGUUCCAAGUCUUUUCCGCAAAAUCAAAUCGGGCGUGUUCCCAGUUCCAGACUUUUUGGACAAAACUAUCGUUAACUUGCUCUUGCACAUGCUCUGCGUUGACCCAAUGAAGCGAGCAACAAUCAAAGACGUCAUCGCUCAUGAGUGGUUCCAGAAGGAUUUGCCCAACUACUUGUUCCCACCAAUUAACGAGAGUGAAGCGUCUAUUGUCGAUAUUGAAGCUGUUCGCGAGGUUACUGAACGUUACCACGUUGCCGAAGAAGAAGUGACGUCAGCGCUUCUCGGAGACGACCCACAUCACCAUUUGUCGAUAGCUUACAAUCUUAUUGUGGACAAUAAGCGCAUUGCUGACCAGACAGCAAAACUCUCAAUUGAAGAGUUCUAUCAAGUCACACCCAACAAACAGGGAACUGGGCCAAUCUAUCGUCAUCCGGAACGAAUUUCGGCUUCUGUGAGCUCGAAGAUUACACCGACUCUUGAUAACACUGAGGCUACCGGAAUUACCGGCCGUCACAAAAGAGCGAAAUGGCAUUUGGGAAUUCGCUCACAGAGUCGUCCAGAGGACAUCAUGUUCGAAGUCUUCCGCGCUAUGAAACAACUUGACAUGGAAUGGAAAAUUUUGAAUCCGUAUCACGUGAUUGUUCGUCGACGCCCGGAUGCUCCAAUUUCCGACCCGCCGAAGAUGUCCCUCCAAUUGUAUCAAGUCGAUCAGCGCAGUUACCUGCUUGACUUCAAGAGCUUGGUCGACGAAGAUGGGCCAUCAAGUGCUUCUUCGUCUCGUCAUGCAUCGAUGUCAAUGCCACAGAAACCAGCAGGAAUCCGAGGAAGUCGCGCUUCGAGCAUGCCGCAGGCCAUGAGCAUGGAAUGUGACGUCACUCCACCACCGUCGCCAGGAGGACCGAAGCUUUCUCAGACCAUGCAAUUCUUCGAGAUAUGCUCUGCUCUUAUCGGAACAUUGGCUCGUUAA